UCUGCGCCUCAGAGGCAGAGAGGACAGAGACCAUCUGACAAGGUUCCUUACAAGGAGCAUCAGGUCCAGGUCGUCAGCUUACACUUGGAUUUAAAAAAAAUGCUUUUUCUCCUGGCCUUCUGUUUCUACUUCAGAUUUAAUCAAGUGACCCCCUUAGCCUUGGACCCAUGUUCGGCUUAUAUAAGUCUGAACGAGCCUUGGAGAAACACAGACCACAUAUUUAAUGAAUCCCAAGACAAACCAAUGUGCGACAACCACCUGGAUGGAGAGUGGUAUCGGUUCACUGGCAUGGCUGGGGACGCUAUGCCAACAUUUUGUAUACCAGAAAACCACUGUGGCACACAUGCCCCAAUCUGGCUUAAUGGGAGUCACCCAAGUGAAUCGGAGGGCAUUGUGCAAAGACAAGCCUGUGCCAGUUUCAGUAAUAACUGCUGCCAGUGGAACACAACUGUGGAUAUCAAGGCCUGCCCAGGAGGAUAUUAUGUCUACCGACUAACAAAGCCAAAUGUUUGCUUCCAUGUCUAUUGUGGGCACUUCUAUGAUAUCUGCGAUGUGAUGGAGUGUGGAGGAACCUGUCUGGACACUGGAGAUUGCGUAUGCAGUUCUGGGACAGUUCUCGGUCCUGAUCGGCAAACAUGUCUGGAUGAAAAUGAAUGCGAGCAUGAUAAUGGUGGUUGCAGCGAGAUCUGUGUCAAUCUGAAGAACUCCCAUCGUUGUGAUUGUGGAAAGGGACGAGUGCUUGGGAAAGACGGCAAAACGUGUGAAGAUAUUGAGGGAUGUCAGCACAACAAUGGAGGCUGCAGUCACACCUGUGCGCCAUCUGGUGAUUCAUACCAGUGUCUGUGUCCUCGGGGGCUUAUCCUGUCUGAGGAUAACCACACAUGUCAAGUUCCAGUGUUGUGCAAGCCGAGUUCCAUAGCGGUCUCUGUCCCAAAGGAUCUAGUUGGUGGACUGGAACUGUCACUUACUAAUUCCUCCUGCAAGGGUGUUUCCAAUGGAACCCAUGUCAAUAUCAACUUCAACCUCAAGACUUGUGGGACGAAUAUCAAUGUAGUAAGUGAUAAGAUCGUUGCUACCAACCUAGUCACCGGCAUGCCCAAGCAGACCCCAGGCAGCAAUGGAGAUAUUAUAAUACGUACAAGCAAAAUUCUUAUUCCUAUUACAUGUGAGUUCCCCAGACUUUACACCAUCACAGAAGGAUACGUACCUAAUCUUAAGAACACACCGCUGGAAAUUAUGGGUCGCAACAGAGGUACCUUUCCCUUCACCCUGGAAAUUUUCAAGGACAAAGAUUUUGAUGAGCCUUACAGGGAAACUCUGCCGACACUUAAACUCAGAGACUCCCUUUACUUUGGCAUUGAACCUCUGAUGCGUGUCAAUGGACUGGAAACCCUAGUGGAGAGUUGUUUUGCGACACCAAGUUCCAAAAAUGAUGAAAUCUUGAAAUAUUAUCUAAUUAAAGAUGGUUGUGUUUCAGAUGAGGCUGUAAAGCAAUACAUAUCAAAAGAUCAUCUUGCCAAACACUUUCAGGUCCCAGUGUUUAAAUUUGUGGGGAAAGACAACAAGGAAGUGUUCUUACAUUGCCAAGUUCUGGUCUGUGGGGCUGCAGAUGAGCGAUCUCGGUGUGCUCAAGGCUGUCGUCGGAGAAUGCGUAGAUCAGCAGAUAUAAAAGAAGAAACAAGUCACCUCUCGACCCAUCUCCUCACUGGAGGCCCCAUAAUAAUAGACACAGAGGAGUAGUUUUUCUUCCAUUCAGAACCACAGUGCUGUAUAUAAAAUGCUUCAACACAAAUUCUAUUGCUCCAUGUUUUUUAUGCAUUGUACAGUAUAUAAGUUUUUUUUUACCUUUUAGCACCACAACCAAGGUUGGCCUACAGAUAUGUAGUUGGGAUGAUCAGCAAUAGACAGGUUAUCAAUAUGUUGUUGGCUGCCUCAGCUUUCUCAUGAAAGCCAAGGAAUGCAGACAGUGGCCAAAGGGGCACUGUGUUUAUCCAAGCAUAUUUACCCCUUUAUUCUAGGGAUUUCUGGCCCUACUUAUUAGUUAUUAGAGCCCCCACCCCAAUAUAAACUUCUCACGUGUCCCUAUAUUAUGUACAUACCUUAUUGAAAUGACGGUGACAUGUACAGGCACAUUUUUGAAGUUAAGUUAGGUGGAGCCUACAUUGCCAUUAUUUGCACCAAAUUUAUCAGACGUCACAAGUUGUUUUUGGGGCAGCGACAUUUGUUGGAUUUGUGUAGUUUCUUAAAAUUUCAAAACUGGAAUGGGUGCUGCGAAAUCACAAUAAGUUCUAGAAGCUCUUACUGAUUAUUACAAAGUUUCAGCCAUUUGCGUCUCAUUCUGGAAGCAAUGCGUUUCUAAUAUCAGAGCUAUACUGGACAGUCAUGAACAGUUAUAAUCAUACGUACUUAAAUAUAGGACGGCAAUAGGGAGCAGAAGGAAAAAUGGCAAUCAACAAAUUAUGGACGACUACUGGCUGAAAACAAUAUACUCCAAAAUAAAAUUUCAACAAUUUGGUAGGAGUCAAUAUACUUCUUCUGGGCAAGGUUUGUUAAAGUGUGCAAUGCGGCUUAGCCUUAAAGAGGACUUGUCACAUCCUCCAAAAAUGGCCAAUGUCUUUACCUGCUGCAACUGUUCAUAUUUCUAGUCCUCCAUUAGUUUGGGCUCCUGAUAUGCUAUUGAGGCCAUGUACUGUCAAGGGGACGGUCACCACCUUUGAUUCUGAACAGGAAGUGAACAAUUCUGAACAGGAAGUGAAUAUUCCAAUCAGCGUGGAUAGCACCAGAGAGCGCUCUGGUUCACUCCCCACUGAGAAUAUGCUCCGGUGACCGCUCCUCCUUGAGAGAAGCGGCCAUUAUUGGAGGACAUGACAGAUCCUUUCUUAAAGAGGCUAUAUGUCUGCAGUUUCAGAAAGACAGUGGCAGCCCUAGUUGCAUGAGUCAUAAUAAUCUGUGAACCAUUUUGACUUUUACAUACUGAUAUGUUAUUGACAACCUGCCAAGAAAUAUAGCUGUUUACUUGAUAGUGAUAACAUGAUAGUAUAUUAUUUUGCUUUUUUCUGCUAGAAGGCUUGUACAGUUAUAAGAUUAAUAAUAUUAUAAUAAGAUUAUAAUAAUAAAUCUGACAUUGUAAAAAUAAGGAGUUAAAAAUGUAAACCUAACCCAUCAACGGGGUUGUCUCAUAAAGACACCUUUCUGCACGCUCUAUUAAAGUGUAACUGAGGGGCGUUUCCUGCUCAGAUUGCCCCUCUAUGAACCCCAAUGGGGAGCCACCAAAAGACAGAGGUUCUUGCUAUGGCAGAUUUGAAUCAUGCUCUUUAUAGCUGAUGGAAAAUUCACCUAAAUUCAUAAGCUGCCAGGGGUAUGAGAAGCUGGUUGAUUGCCACUUGCUAUUGGGAAAGUAGCUACCUUCAUGAGACAUCCCCGUUUUAAACAUAUUAUUUUGUCCAAUAAAAAUAUGAAUGCUUCUGUUUUAUUAUAGCUAUCUUUAUUGAGAGUCAGUCAGGUGCACCACAAUAGGAUCAAAUGUAUUUUUGUAUUCAUAUAUAGGAGCACAAAAUAGGGAACAUAGUUAUGCCAACGCGUGAACUAAUGUGAACAAAAUAUGUAUAAUCCUUCUGAAUCUCAAAGAAGGUUCGCUGCUUCCUGCUAACAGCAAAGCUGGCAAUUCACUAAGCUCAUUCAGCUGAAAGUUGUGUCUCCUGGCUGGGCAUGCAUGUGUUGUGAGCGGGAGAUGGGAGAAAGCUACUGCCAGAAACCUCUGGUAGGCAGCUUAUCUCCAUGAGAAGAAAUGGAGCAGGCACAUUGAAAUCAAAUACGUUUGCCCCUUCUCUUCUCUCACAUCUGGCAUUGUGGGGAGAGUUGGGUGGACUCCAUACACUUUUGGUGGUUGGCUGAUCCCACCAAAAUUAGCAGGUUUGCCAACCUACAUAAAAUGUGUACGAUCAGCUUAGAUUAAAAGAGAGUAGAGGGGCAAUAGAACACAUUCCCAAGUAAGGGCGGCCAAACACAUUCAACAGCUGUCUCACCCGACUCCCUCAUACAUAUAAAUGUUCAGCUUGGCUGAACAUGUAUGUGCGUUCUAUGAGGAGAGCAUGGAAAGCGUCUGCCAGACACUUCUGGUGGUGGCUUAUCUCCCGGGAGAACAAAAGUCAGAGUCGGGAGUUCUCCACACACAUUAUGGCCAAACUGAGGGUUCUCGGCAGGUUUGGCUGGCAAUACAGAAAUGUGUAUUAUCUUACUGAUAAAAGGUAUAAUCCAUAGAAUACCAUACAAUUAGCUCUUUAGGGGCUUCUCUACAAUAUACCAGGUAACAUUGGUGAUCACUGUAAAAUUUGAUGAUCAAACCUUGUGUUGAUCAACUAGGGUCCAACACCUUUUUAGUGGAAAUGUUCGCUCCUGUGUAUCUGGCACAAUUUGUAUGUGUUCUGCAUGAUUCCAUGGAUGGUUCCAUUGCUGGGAUAUUCAGCAUUGGGUAUCUCAAUAAAUAGUUGUUUAAUCAGAAGGAAUUUGUAAAUAUGUGUGUCAUGGCAUGACCAUCAGAAUGGCAACUCCCAAAUCCAUCCCUGGAAUCUAGAAAUAGCUGGUCUUCACGUUCUUCAGCCUGUUGUUAUACAAGCCUGAAGGCCAGAUACAACUUAACCUAUAAGUAAGCAGAUGAGCUACUUCUGAUUGCAGUAGUACAGUGUUCCUCAGUGAAUAUCUACACAGUGUUGAAGAGUCUCUGCAUUGUCCACUUGGCUAUGCACUACCGCAGUCUUCUAUGAUGUCUGGUUGACGUCUCUAUUAUUCUUACAGUUCAUCUUUUUCCUCCUCAUUGCAGAUACAGGAUGAUCUUUGACUGUUCAUGAAAGGUUUGCAUCCCAAGGUCCAGACUGUGUUAAAAACUGUGUCAGCCACUGACUCGCAGGCUGCAAGGAAACAGAGCACAGUUUACAUAUACAUGCUAUUAAUUGAUAUUUUAUGUUAUUAUAUAAUUCAACUUUUCCGGAGUAGUUUUGCAGAUGUAUUUGAUGUUUCAUAGAAUAAGGUGCUCUUGGUUAUAAUACAGGCGGCAGCCCAGGAUCAGCGAUACAUUGUACACUAUUUACAGAAUUACUAUAUUUGUCAGACUAUAAGACACCACCCAGGAUUAGGCAACAGAAAAUAAAAUAAACUAUUUUCUACUUAUUAAAACAUCCCUGGUGGUGUAAUGAAGUUGAGGGGUUAAAGGCACUAACUUUGGGACCUAGUGUAGAGGGGGUUAAUAGUUUUGGUCAGCUUCUGUUAACCUUAGUGUGUUAUCUGCUGACCAUUGUAACAAACAGCAAUGGCUGAUGUGAUCACCUCAAUAAAUGUAUCCUCCUCAA